GAACUGAGGUCGGUCCAAAGGCCGACAGGCACCGACCAAUCGGAGGGCGUAACGAAGGGUGACGAGCCAACCCACCGCGCUCGGCGUUGCCGGGAGCCGCGCUAGGCGUAAGCUAAUGAGGAAGAAGUUGGCCGUUGAAAGAGCAACGCUGAUUAGUGAAUCUUAAAUAACCUAAAUGAAAGCCCACUUGUGAUUCGCCCUAAGUAAACCAGAGCCCGGUGGGCUGGAACGCGCCGGAAUCUGAGCUCCUGGGAGGUGGCCAGGUGCACAUUCUGAAGACGAGACAUGGGGGGCAUCGUUUUCCUGUCGCCAGUUUGAAUCUGCAACAGGGUUGGGAAGAAGCUUAGAGUUCAAGUGGGGUGUUCCCAGGCUGCAGUGCUGUGAGAUGCGGAGAGCGGAUAGACCGAGGCUCUGCAGCGCUUCCAACCCACAACACCGUCCAGGAGAGGGAUGCAAGGAAGAGACCUAGGUUUACUGAUCCUCCUUUUUCUAUCAACGUGUUAAGAGCAGAUGCUACAUCGGUGGCAUUUUGGGAGCUUGGCAACUGAUUUUUUCCCCAGGCUUGCAUUUUAUCUAAUUACAAAGGACAAUGUUCUCCAAUAGACCUUGAGCUUCUGUCAGAAGAUAUCUUAUUCACCUUUGGCAUCCCCAGCUUAUAGCGCAGUGCUUUACAUGGACUGGGAGUUUUCGUCCUCUUGAAUUAGAACUCGACAACAGAGUGGGAACUUUCUGUCUUGUGAUCGAUUGCCUGUGUGUCGCAGGAAGGCGGCACUGGAGCACAGAGGACACUUGAUCGUGCGGCGCGCAGGGCGGGGGGCCGCCGCUGCCUCCCCGCGGGAUGGCUGGCACUGUGCUCGGAGUCGGUGCGGGCGUGUUCAUCUUAGCCCUGCUCUGGGUGGCAGUGCUGCUGCUGUGUGUGCUGCUGUCCAGAGCCUCCGGGGCGGCGAGGUUCUCUGUCAUUUUUUUAUUCUUCGGUGCUGUGAUCAUCACAUCAGUUCUGUUGCUUUUCCCGCGAGCUGGUGAAUUCCCAGCCCCAGAGGUGGAAGUUAAGAUUGUGGACGACUUUUUCAUCGGCCGCUAUGUCCUGCUGGCUUUCCUUAGUGCCAUCUUCCUUGGAGGCCUCUUCUUGGUUUUAAUCCAUUAUGUUCUGGAGCCGAUCUACGCCAAACCACUGCACUCCUACUGACCACUCUUCAGGAAAACGAAAACCUGUUCUCUCCUUCAUUGUGAUGACAUUGAUGAGCAGGAAGGCACUAUUCAGAGCCUUGUUUUGACAGCCCUCAUGCCUUAAGGUUAGAGGGGUAUCCGUCCAUCACUAAGACAAAUCUCUUGAGUCCUGGCUUCCAGAAACAGGAUUGCCAAAUUGUCCCUGUGGGGCUAGAUUCUUACCAGCUUAAGAAGGAUAUUGCUAUCUUCUUAGUACCCGUACCUUAGGAUUUCCAACUGUUUUGAAAGGGAAAUAGUAACAGUGAUCUGCUUAGAGUGGAUUUUCACUCAAGUCCUUAGUAAGUGGAUUUUGGGGAAAAAAGCACAUGGGCUUCUGGUUCUUUUUGAUAAUAUAUAAAAUUCUUCAUUAUGAGGUUGCAUUCCUUUGCAAAGGCGAGGCACUCAAAUUUGAAAGGUUAUUUUAAUGUGAUAAUUUGGAAGACUUACUCAGAUGUUGGUCAUUGACCACUCUGUGCAUAUAUUUCUGCAGAGCUCUGUGAAGGCAAUGAGUGUCACUUCCCUCUGCUCUAAUAAAGCAAUAAAUAAUAGCUAAAGGGCUGACUUUCACUUCGAA